AUGCACACGCGGCCACUGCUCGGCCCCGCGCCGCCCAAGCGCACCGUCGCUGAACGGUUGAACGGCGGCCGGAUGCACCACGGCAAGAAGGAGAGCCCUGCCGUCACUGCUCGCACCAGCUGCGGUGUCGUGCAGGGGCGGACGCAAGCGGGUGGCGUCGCCGCCUUUCACGGCAUUCCCUUCGGCGAAGCUGGCCGCUUCCUACCUCCGACGCCCGCCGCCUGCUGGCACGGCGUACUGGAUGCCCUGGCCGACGGACCGGGCUGCCCUGGCAUGAAACCGCCGUACGGCCCUCCGGCCGUCUCCGAGCAGUGCCUGACGCUCAACGUCUUCACUCCCGUCGCCGCGCUCGGCAACGCCUCCGCCAGGCUCAGCGUCCUUGUCUGGCUGUACGGCGGCUCUCUCGUCGAGGGGUCCGUCGCCUCGUAUGGCGCGAUCGAGAACCUGGUCAGGGCAGCGGCGGGCGGGCGAUGCUGCGGAGUGAGCGGCAAUUACGGCAUCCUCGACCAGCAGCUGGCGAUGCGGUGGGUCGCGAAGUACGCCGCCGCCUUCGGCGGCGACGCGGCCAAGGUGACGCUCCUCGGCCAGUCCUCUGGCAGCACCUCCAUCCUGGCUCUAACCGAGUAUCGGGCGUUGAGGGCGGCGGCGCAAAGCGGGUCUGGCCUUGCAUGCGACCUGUGA